GUUAUGUUAUGAAUGAUUACAGUGAUGACACUUUUGAAAGUAUUUGUACCUCAGAAAAUGAAAUGAUGAAUGGGAUGGAUUGGUGGGUGGCGUUUAUGGUGGCUCAGCUGUGGGUAAAUUCAUUCGGUGUAAUUACAGUGAUUGUUUUGGCACAUGUUAGAUUUCAUUAUUUCCAGGCAGAUGAAUUCGUUUGGGGUGCUCGAGCAAGCAUUGAGUCAUCCAGAACCACAGGUUUAUGAAUGAACCGCCUCUGUGGUAUCCCUGAGCAACUCGGCAACCUGCUGUAGUGCCUUCACAGUGAUACAGAAUGGUGAGAUGAGUUUCCUCCUGAAGCACAACUCCUCGCUUCUGGCCAACCUCUCCUUGUCCUCAUCCCUGCCCCCACAGGGGUCCAACCGGAGCGACCCAGCAUCACAGGUGGCCCCGCCACAGGUGGCCCCCUCACAGGUUGCGGUGGGCAUACUGCUUACCCUCAUCGACCUGGUGACGUUUCUGGGAAACACGGUGGUGUUUGUGUGCCCCAUCGUGGAGAGACGCCUGCGCACCGUCACAUAUAUGUUUAUCAUGUCCCUGGCCAUGGCCGACCUGCUGGUGGCCUGCUUGGUCAUGCCCUUCAGCAUUAUCUAUGAGGUGACAGGAGUGUGGCUGUUUGGCCAGCACUUCUGUAAGAUGUGGAUCUCCUUUGAUGUGCUCUUCUGCACUGCCUCCAUCGUCACCCUGUGUUUCAUCAGCCUGGACCGAUACUGCUCUGUGAUCUCUCCACACCAUUACCCUCGGAGAAUGUCCCGUCCCAGGUGUAUCAUGAUGACGGUGGCCAUCUGGGUGUACUCGUCCCUCAUCUCCUUCCUGCCCGUCAUGCAGGGCUGGAACGAAAUCCCAGGUCUGGCCUACAACCCAGGCCAGGACUGCGUCUUCGUCACCAACUGGGCCUUUGCCAUUGUGGCUUCAUCACUGGCCUUCUACCUGCCCUUCCUCAUCACCUGCACCAUGUACUUCUUCAUCUACCGUGCGUCGCGGCUAAAGGCCACGCGCAUCGGCUCGCAGACACUGGAGCUGCACUACCACCCUGAGAGCCGGCGUCCCAACCACCUGCAGCUGGAGAACAAGGCCACGCGCACCAUGGCCAUCAUUGUGUCUGUCUUCGUCAUGUGCUGGUUGCCCUACUUCGUGCUCAACGUGGGGCUGGCAGCGGGCGGCUGGGGCGUCCAGAGGCCCCCGCCGGCUGCCGUGGCACUACUUUUCAAGGUCAUCACCUGGCUGGGCUACUGCAACUCAGCCAUCAACCCGGUGCUGUACGCCUUCCUGAACCGCGACUUCCAGUGGGCGCUGCGCCGACUGCUGGUGUGCCAACGCCGCUCACCAUCCGUGGACAUUGGCGAGGACAUGGUGUCCAUUGUCACCUUUUCCCGCACUGCUCAGGACCCCGACUAUGGCAAUAAGGGCCAAGCCCUCUCACUGCCCCCGAACCCACCGCCACCACACGCUGCUGGGUGUGCGCUGGCGUUGUGAUGUCGCGAAGAGGAGGCGAUAGAUGUUAUGCUCCAGUUCCUGUUGGUCAUGCCACGGUCUGUGACACAAAGGCCGAUCUGCAUGGGGGUGCAUGGGAGACUUAGGUGUGCUCUCUGACCUGAAUGUCAAUGGCUUGGACACAUGUAAAUAUUGUAACAUAAAUGCUGUUGAAAAUGUCUUUUUCCCACCACCUUUAUGAUUUCCACAGUAAGUCUAUGCUUUCUUCAGGACAAUUUGGGAUAGAUGCAC